AUGUAUCAGGCCCAACGACAAGGCCCUUCGUCUCAUGACGAUGUUGGCCUCGCUCACUUGCUGAAAUCAUGUAGGCCCCAAACAAGAGUCGACGAGGAGGGAAAAAUUACAUAUGUCGAGCUAGAACGAAGCCAGGGCUAUGUAGAAACGAUUCGAAGUGAAGACGUGAACUCGCGCCCUGCACUUGGCUGUCUCGUCAGUUUGCGAUCCAAAAGAGGCUCCUCAUGGGCGCCGGACGCAGAGCUGACGUCGAACUUGUUCUCAGUCAUGGAGCGAUGCCUCGAGACGGGCUGGUCAUACGUGGGACGAGCUGUGCUGAUCACAGGGGCCGGGCCCGGAUCAAUUGCCAUGGCAGUGGCGCGUCUGUUACUCAAGAGUGGAGCCAAGGUCAUUGUCACCACGCGACAAACACCGGCUGAUGCAGCUGCCGUCUAUCAGCAGCUGUAUUACGACAACGGCUCGGCUGGCUCCGAACUGAGGGUCAUUCAAGCCAAUCUAGCCAGUGCUCAAGACUGUCACCAUCUGAUUGACUAUAUCCAUACUGUAAUGGAAUGCGAGCUCGACGCCGUCAUUCCGUUCGCUGCCGCAGUGGAGAAUAGUGCCGAGAUUGAGCAAGUAGGCGCCAACAACGAAUUAGCACACAGGAUGAUGCUCGUAAAUAUUUACCGUCUUCUCGGUCGCUUGAUCACAAGCCAGAAGGAGCGUGGUAUAGAUUGCCACCCUACUCAAGUGAUUGUGCCUCUCUCGCCCAACCGAGGAACCUUCGGUGGAGACGGCCUCUACGCUGAAUCUAAACUUGGCCUCGAGGCCCUGUUACACCGUGCCCAAUCCGAAUCCUGGGCAGGCGACUAUAUUUCUGUGUGUGGUGCCGUAAUCGGAUGGACUCGAUCGACCAGGCUUAUGCGUGCAAAUGAUACCAUCGCUGAAUCAGUCGAGUCGCAUGGCGUACUGACUUUCUCCGCUGAAGAGAUGGCCUUUAACGUCGUUACUAUGAUGGAUCCAACCAUGGUCGAGCUCUGCGAGACGGAGCCAAUACUUGCAGAUUUUGGAGGUGCUCUCGAAUGCUUGACAGACUGUUCUGAAGUCAUAUCCCGAGCUCGCCGCGAGAUUCAAUUCGUCUCAAGUACAAGGCAAGCGAUUUGUAAGGAGAGAAUCCGAGAGCAAGAAUUAAUCCAUGGAAAGCCCCCCAAAGCACAACAACCCUUCAUCGAUCGGAGAGCAACACUUCGAGUUGGGUUUCCAAGCCUACCUUUGUCCAAGCAAGAGGCCCUUUCUACACAGUUCAGCCUCGAAGCAGCAGGUCCUGCGGAUCAAAUUGUAGUCGUCGGCUUCUCAGAGCUGGGACCCCAUGGCAGCGCACGUACGAGGUGGGAACUUGAAUCUCAAGGUCGCCUGAGUCUUUCUGGCUUCGUUGAGAUGGCGUGGCUGAUGGGUCUCAUUCGUCACCACAAUGGGCAUCGCCCUGACGGUAGCUUCUAUGUGGGGUGGUGCGAUUCCAAAACAGGUGCACCGAUAGCAGAUCAACAGAUUGAAGAAAAGUACGGGGCCUACAUUAAAGAGCACUCAGGUGUGCGACGCCUGGCCACACAUGACAUACCUGAGUGGGACCCGGCUAAGAGACAAGUGCUAGAAGAAACGGUCCUUACAGAGGACUUGCCGGAGUUCGAAGCUACACGGACCUCGGCAGACGCCUUCAAAAGCAAGCACGGCGAUAAAGUUCUCAUCAGACCACACCCCAACGGCGAAACCUGUCUCGUUCGAAUCAAGCGAGGCGCAAGCAUUAUGAUCCCAAAGCAGAUUCAGUUUCAAGCUGGUGUCGUAGCUGGACUUAUGCCCAAAGGAUGGAACGCCCAAACCUAUGGAGUACCAACAGAUCUUGCGCAAGCCCUGGAACCCAGUACUUUAUUCACGCUAUGCUGUGUGGCAGAGGCAUUCUAUAGCGCAGGACUGCCCGAACCCAGCGAGAUCUUCACCCACAUACAUGUUGCUGAAUUUGGUAAUUUCAUUGGCACGUUAAUGGGAGGUAGCUCCAAAGUGAGAAGCUUAUACCGCGAUACGCUGCUCGAUCGUCCCAUAGCAAGUGAUACGCUCGCAGACUCGUUUGCUAAUACACCAGCUGCGUGGGUGAACAUGUUACUUCUUGGAGCCUCGGGCCCGAUUAAAACGCCCUCUGGUGCUUGCGCGACUGGCAUUGAGUCAAUUGACUCCGCUGUGGACUCAAUACGAUCCGGUAAGACAAAGAUGUGCCUCGUUGGCGGUUACGAUGAUCUUCAGGAGGACGAAUCAUAUGGAUUCUCAAUGCUCAAGGCAACAGUCAACACGACCGAGGAAGCGGCAAGAGGUCGUCUGCCACACGAGAUGUCGAGACCACUGACUGAAAGUCGGGGAGGGUUUGUGGAGGCACACGGCUGUGGAGUCCAGUUAAUCUGCAGCGCCAGUGUAGCGAUCGAGAUGGGACUACCCAUUUAUGGGAUCAUCGCAGGCUCUACAAUGGCGGCCGAUACUGUUGGCCGCUCAGUCCCGGCGCCCGGACAAGGACUUCUCACCUUUGCCAGAGAAAGCUUGAAGCCAAUGCAAUACUCAAGCGGAUCUGAUAAAACGAGUCUGACAGCAGUAGACACAAUGUCUAGCCUUGAAGAUCAAGACCUGGAUGAUUUUCCGUGGAGUGUUACCAGUCACGUCGAAACACUGUUGUCUCCAAUGCAUGCUUCGUUGGCUCAGCAUCAGCUGACGAUAGAUGACGUGGAUUUUGUUUCUCUACAUGCUACGUCCACCAAGUCCGGUGACUUGAAUGAAUUUAAAGUCAUUUCCAGGCAGCUGCACCAUCUACGCCGUAACACCCGCCGACCUCUUUGGACAGUGGCUCAAAAGGCCUUAACCGGCCAUCCAAAAGCCCCAGCUGCCAGUUGGAUGCUAAAUGGCUGCCUACAGAUCAUGAGAGAUGGCACAUUGCCCCCUCAGCGCAAUGCAGAUAAUGUAGACCCAGCGCUGAGAACAUUUUCUAUGUUGGUGGUACUAAAGGAAUCGAUACCUCUGACGGAUCCCAAGGCUUUCCUACUCACGUCCUUCGGAUUUGGACAGAAGAGCGGAGAGUUGGUUGGUGUUGCAUCAAAGUAUCUCUACGCAAUGCUCAGUGAGCAGGACUAUUCUGCUUACCGUGCACGAGCUUUGUUGCGCAUGGAGCGCGCUGAUAGGAAAUAUGCUCGAGCAGUGAUGGAGAACAAGAUUGUCAAGAUCCUCGACCAUGCACCAUACGAUGCAGAUGACACUGAGAGAGUUCUGCUUGACCCGUCUGCACGUGCAUCCUAUGACUCAGCAUCCGAGACCUUUCGAUUCAACGUUUAA